AUGGGGAAGAAUAAAGGCAGUUGGAGAAAAUUUUUCUGUUGUGCUGUUCCACCAGAAACUCAGUCCUCAACUUGCAUUAAUAUUAUUGGGCCUGAUCACUUCAAAUCUUCUUCAGGGUUGUCUGAGCCGGACCUGGAGCUAGACCACCAUGAGGAGGAAGAUGAUUUGUAUAUUGAAGCUGAGGUACAGACAUCUAAUGUGGAAAUUCCAGAAGGAAACAGAUGGCGGUGGUCACGACUACAUAAAGAAGUUGAGUUGCAAACUUCCGUUAUUUCAGUACCCAUUGUAGAAGCAGAGUCAUCAUCUGAGGCUGAUGUUCAGAUCCAGAGUUCAUUUUCAAGCAUACCUACAGAAGCUAAUGCUCAUGAACAAACUUCAUUUGUCUCCCUGCGGAGCCCAACCCCAGUUGAUACUGAUGCCCAAAUCCAAAGUUCAUUUGCAGAAUUAAGAAGACUCUGUGAGGCUGAAGCUCAUGUGCAAAGAUUGCUGCAUUCUUUAGCAGAAGAAAAUAAAGCCCAGGUGCAAACAUCUUUUUUGUCAUUACAUGGAGAAAUGGAAGCUCAGGUGCAAACAUCACUGCUGUCUUUACCUGAAGAAAACGAGGCCCAGGUGCAAACAUCACUGCUGUCUUUACCUGAAGAAAAGGAGGCCCAGGUGCAAACAUCACUGCUGUCAUUACCUGAAAUAAUGGAGGCUCAGGUGCAAACCUCACUAUUGUCACUACCUGAAGAAAAGGAAGUUGAGGUGCAAACCUCAUUUACUUCUUUAUCAGAUAAGGAGCCUGAAGAAUUUUUGACAGAGUAUAUUCAGACCCAACCUUUGUAUCGAGAAUUGUUAGAGAAGAUUGCAUCUUUGCCAAUAUUAGUUGAGGCUAAAGUGCAGACUUCACCUACUGAUUUCUGCAUUCCUUCACAGACAGACAUGCAAGUACAGACUUCAUUUUCAGACUAUAUGUUAGAAAAGAAGGAUGUAUCCUCUAUUGAGAAGGAGCACCAGAGUAAGUUGUCAUUUCCCCAGCCAUUACUGGUGAAACCAAGCAACUUAUACCCGGCAUAUAUUAAUGCUGAAGUACAGACUUUACCUGUGGAGGCACCUCCUGGGAAUGAUUGGCGUGCUGCUCGGUUGAAUGCUGAAGCCCAGGUUCAGACCUCAUUUACUUCAGUAAUAGAGUCACCAUCAGAGCUUGAAUUAGAAAAAGAAGAGUGGGGAGCUCCGUUGCUCAAUGAAAAGAAAUCUCUCCCAUUUCAAUUGACUGAAACUUCUGCACAAACAUCUGACACUUUGAUUCGGCAGUGGGACAAGUGGCGUUUAUUACAUCCACAAGCUAGUGCACAGGUCCAAACCUCAGCUGUUGAAUUGUUAAAGAAGCUUUCUUUACUAUCACAGAUUGAGACCAUGGAAUCACUUUCUGAUGCUGAAUUUCUAAAGGAAAUUUCUUCACUAUCAGUGGCGGAACCCCUGUUGCAAAAGUCAAGUCAUGAGUUAAUGCGGAAGGCUUCCUCUUGGUCAGAUAUUGAAACCCAAAACAGAAUUUUCAGUGAUGAGCAUUUGGAGAAGCGUCCCUUGUCAGCACAAGAGUUAUCAACCUCAGAAUAUGAAUCUACAACACCAUUUUCUUCUUCAUCAUUCAAAAAAGAAGCUCAAGUGCAAACAUCUGAUUUAGAACUAAUAAAAAAGCUCUCUUCUUUGUCACAGACCAGACUCCAGGAGCAGGACUCCUCUUUGUCCUUGAUUGAGGCUGAGAAUGAAAACCAAGAGAUAACAGAAGGAAAGGAGUACCUUAUUACCCCACAAGUAAUAGAAGCUCAGAUCCGCAAGUGGUAUCAGGAGCUUCCAGACGUUCAGACAUCAGCUUCUCAGACUCCUCUCCCAAAAGACCAUCUUUGGUCUCCAGCAGUUGACAGUGAGGUACAAACAUCAUAUGUUGAAAUACCAUUUGGAAAUAGGUGGCGGGAAUCACGCCUGCAGGCUGAAACUGAAGCUCAGACUGCAGGACUUGAAUUAACUACAGAAGAAAUAGAAUCUCUUUUUCCAAAACAAUUGGAAUCUCGGAGACAACCCUCCUUGCUUGAAAUAUGGCAAGCAAGAGACUUGGCUGAUGCCAAGAUGCAUACUUCAGUAUCAGACUUACCCAAAACAGUAGAACUUCCUCCUCCAUUAGUAGUUGAUAGUGAGGCACAAACAUCACUGUUAGACAUCUGGAAAGUAAAAGAACAAAUGGAUGCUCAAGUGCAAACUUCUGCAAGUGAAUUGUCAAAGCAAGGAAUUACAUCUUCUGCAGAACAGGUAGACAAUUCAGCUCAGACUUCUUUUAUUGAUAUAUGGAAAGCCAAAGAAUUGGUUAACAUGCAGCAGCAGACAUCUGACACUAAGUUAGAGGAGGCAAAAAUGGAGCAUUCUCACCAGUUGAAAGCUGAUUUUGAAAUGCAGACAUCUUUAACAGAUAUAUGGAGGAAAAAAGAACAACUGGACACCCAAGCACAAACUUCCUUUAUUGAUAUACUAGAGGGAAAGGAAGAACCGUCUCUGGUCUCUCAGACUGGUGAUGCUCAAGUGCAAACAUCAGAUAUUGAUAUUCCUUCAGAUUUGUAUGUUGACUUUCAGCAGGAGACUUCACUUAAACUAGAAGAGCCAGGCCUACCAUCACAAAUGGAUAUCCUGCCACAAGCCUCUCUACUUGACCUAUGGAAAGCAAAAGAAGAGCCUCAUCUAGUGUCACAGAUGGAUGCUCAGAUGCAGACCUCAGAUACUAAGGUGCCUCAGGAGGAUUUGUGGCAUCCAUCUCAUAGGUAUGCUGAUUUUCAGCAACAAACUUCACUUGAACUAGAAGAGGCAAAAACUGAAGCACCACAAAUGGACACCCAAAUACAAACCUCUCUCCUUGACAUAUGGAAAACAAAGGAACUGAAUCAUGCACAACAGCAAACAUCUUGGAUUGAUUUGCCAGGAUCCACAGAAAAAAUUUCUUUCCCCUCUGAAUCUGAGAUUGAAGUUCACCCAUCCCUGGUUGUAGAGGCAGAACCUCUUCCUCCAGGUCAAGUCACUACCCAGGUGCAAACCUCCUCCCUCGAUAUAUGGAAGACAAAAAAUCUAACAGAUACUGAAAUUCAAACUUCCCUAUCCUAUUUGACACCAACUACUGAGGUAUUUCCUGUCUCACAACAGAUUGAAAGCUCAAAGCAAUCAUCUACUCCUGAAAUAUUGAGAGUGACAGAGCCAAUGGAAGAACAAAUAAAAACCUGUAUGACUGAAUCUCCAGAUAUCAGUGCUCAAAUAUUCCUGCCUGAUAUGCAUGCUCCAGAGGACCUUCCUAAUGCCCAGAAACAAUUUCCUGAGAGCCCUCUACUAAGCUCCCCAUCAUUCAUAGAUGAAUCAUCCACCCAAUUACAUAUGGAUGCAUCUCAUGCUCUUUCACACACAGAGGUGUCUUCUCCUCUAUUGCAUAUGGAGGUACCUCUUGCUACAUCAUACAUGGAGGUAUCUCCGGCUCUUUUACACACAGACGUAUCUCCUGCACCUUUGAGCAUUGAAGAGUUUCCUACUGUGUCACACAUAACUGAGUCUCCCUUUCUUCCAUGCGUAGCAGAGUCUCGGGUUCCAUCACAAAUUUCCAGUCCAAGGAGACCGUCAACUCCUGCAUCAGGAUUCACAAAAACUGAGACUUUCCGCCUAGAACACAGUAGGGCUCUGGUGCAAAAAUCAUUGCUUGAGUUAUGGACCAUGAGAGAGGAAGCAGUGCUCCAAAUGCAAAGUACCAAUUUUGGCCUGUCCUUUGAGGAAGAUUUGAGAUUAUUUCCAAAGUUAGUAGAGAGUCCAAUGAAAUGUGCAGAUGUUAAAAUACAAGAUAGGGAAAAAUUAGAUCAAAUUUCCAGAGUGGAAAGGAAACCAAAAACUCCUCUAUUUACUGAAGCUCAAGUUCAGACCUCAUAUGUUGAGAUACCACGAGGAAAGAAAUGGCGUUCAUCUCGCAUAUGUACAGAGGCACAGGUGCAAACCUCUUCACAUGAAAUCCAUGUGAAAAACAGGAUUCCACCUAUAUGUGAUCAUAUAGCAGCUAAAAGGGUACCUAAAGGACCAAAGCGAGCAGCACCACUGUCUGUGCACUUACACAUAAAGAUGGCUCCAAAGCAUUGACCUAACAGUGAAAAAAAUAGUGAAUACUUGAAUUUAAAGAAAUAA